AUGGAACUCUACCGGUCACAUGGUAAACAUCUUCCAGAGAUGCUCCUACACCAUUCGGGUAACUUUGGCGGUUCCACGCCAAAGGACUUGGAAGGCGCUUUGCACUGCGAUUGCCUCCCGGACUACGCAAGAACGCAAUACUUCGCUAGACUCACCCAAAUCCCCCACUAUCACCUCGACAAACUUGCCCCGACCACGCUAUCGAGCGAUAUAUCGUUAGUCAACACGACCAUCAUCCACGUGUACUACACUAAACAUGAACAGGAGGUAUUACUCGCAGAGACUUCACGUCGGUGGUACGAAAUAGCCGCAAAGGUGUGCAGCCAUUGGGUGUUCGUGGUGGGCGCUCUGCUGCCCCUCUUGUGCGGUCUGAUCUUCCACUGCACGGUGCGCUGGCGCCGGAAUUUCGUGCGCCGCCGCGACGCGCUGGCCGCCAGCCGACGCCUCUGGGAGAACUUGGCCAAAUCACCCCAACUCAACCCAGCCCACCCGACCCCGCAGGCCCGACGAGCGAUCUCGACCGAUGCAGUUUACACAACCAACGAGUUUGACGUUGAA